UGGCGGCGGGUCGAUGUCUCAAAGGUUGGAGUGGAUUUGUCGCUGCUCUGCAGGACAGUGACCUGAUUCCAACUCAGACUGCUCUCUCCUCCUGGACUCGCUGCCGUAUCUGCUCAGGAUGAGGACUACUAGUUGCUGGUUGCUUCUGGCAUUGUUGCCAUUGCUUUCCAGUGCCCAGCUUCUGGACAUCUGCAGCGCCCGACCCAAAGACCUUGCUCUGGAGCCGCACUGCGUCUAUCGCAGCCCCGACCCGGACCCAGACGAGGCCGACGAACCGACCCCGGAGCCGCGGCCCGUCAACCCCAGGGUGUGGGAGCUAUCGAAGGCUAACGGCCGCUUCGCCCUGGCCCUGUACAAGCAGAUGGCCCUCAGCCGGACGCCCGAUAGCAACAUCUUCAUGUCGCCCCUCAGCAUCUCCACCGCCUUCGCCAUGACCAAACUGGGAGCCUGCAACCAGACACUGGAGCAGAUCAUGAAGGUGUUUCAGUUUGACACCAUCAAGGAGAAAACAUCAGAUAUGAUCCACUUCUUCUUCGCCAAGCUGAACUGCCGACUGUACAGGAAGAAAGACAAAACGACGCUGCUGGUCUCCGCCAACCGGCUGUUCGGGGACAAGUCGCUCUACUUUAACGAGACGUACCAGAACAUCAGCGAGACCGUGUACGGAGCCAAACUGAUGCCUCUCAACUUCAAGACAAACCCGGAGGCGGCUCGGAUCACCAUCAACGACUGGAUCUCCAACAAGACGGAGAACAGGAUCCAGGACACGCUGCCGUCCGGCGCCUUGGACUCUAACACCGUUCUGGUUCUUGUCAACACCAUCUACUUCAAGGGUUUGUGGAAAAACAAGUUUCCCAAAGACAGCCUGAUGGCGUCAGAGUUCUUUGUGGACGACAGUCGCAACUGUGAGAUCAGCAUGAUGUACCAGGAGACCAAGUUCAACUACAAGGACCUGCGUGAGGAGAAGGUGCAGCUGCUGGAGAUGCCGUACCGAGGAGACGACAUCACCAUGGUGAUCAUCCUGCCAAACAAAGGCCAUCCGCUCAGUCAGGUGGAGCAGAAUCUGGACCAGAACAAGCUGAAGAGCUGGCUGGACCAGAUGAGAGAAACCUCCGUGUCCGUCACCGUCCCGCGCUUCCGGGUGGAGGACAGCUUCAGCCUGAAGGACAAGCUGCAGCAGAUGGGGCUGACCGACCUGUUCAGCGCAGACACGGCCAGCCUGCCCGGAAUCCUGGAGGACGGCAGCGACUCCCUGUUCAUCUCUGAUGCUUACCACAAGGCCUUCCUGGAGGUGAACGAGGAGGGAAGUGAAGCUGCCGCCUCCACUGCCGUGGUCGCCGUCGGACGCUCCCUGAACCUGGACCGGGAGUAUUUCCUGGCCGAUCAUCCGUUCCUGGUGAUCAUCAGAGAGUCGACGCUCAACACGCUGCUGUUUGUCGGCCGCGUGGCCGACCCCUGCCAGCAAUGAAACGGCCGCUGUUCAUUGGCCAAUGAAACGGCUCCGUUGAACGACGCCGUCCUGUAAAAAUCAUUCAGAGGUCAGGAGGGUUUCAGGCUUCGACGGCACCAGAAACAAACAUAAUCCAGUUCCAGAAGAGCUCAAAUAAAACAUUUGUGUAUUAAACUUACUUUGAAUACUUAAUGUUGAUUUUCAACUAGACUUGGACUAGGCCAUUUUUAUGGUUUGAUUUCAGCUCCUCUGUCCUUGUAAAUGUAAAAUCCUUCUUUGUUUGAGUCUGUUGAGUAAAAUCCCAAUAAAACACA